AUGACUUCCGUCGCAGAGAAUGGUACUCCGGCUGUGGCCGAUGAGAACGCUGCUCCCGUCGCCGAGACUCAGGGUGAUGCCGUCACCGUUUUCCACAACGCCGAUGACUUCAACGUGAAGCACCCUCUUAUGCACGAAUGGACCCUGUGGUUCACCAAGCCUCCCAGUGGCAAGGGCGACAACUGGAACGAUUUGCUCAAGGAGGUUGUCACCUUCAGCUCCGUUGAAGAAUUCUGGGGCAUCUAUAACAACAUCACUCCCACCUCCGAGCUUGGCCUCAAGGCCGACUACCACCUCUUCAAGAAGGGUGUACGACCCGAGUGGGAGGACCCCCAGAACAAGCACGGUGGAAAGUGGUCAUACCAGUUCAAGGACAAGCGCUCCGUCCCCAUUGAUGAUCUCUGGCUGCACGCGCAGCUGGCCGCGAUCGGUGAGAGCCUCGAGGAGGAUGAUGACAACGAAGUUAUGGGAGUGGUCGUGAACGUGCGCAAGGGCUUCUACCGUGUUGGUCUCUGGACACGCACAGUGGGCAAGAGCAUUCAAGGCGACAAGCACACCCGCACACAGGCUCAGGGCAAGGAGGUCCUCGAGGCUAUUGGCCGGCGGUUCAAGGACGUGCUGCGUCUCAACUUGGCGGAUGUGGUGGAGUUCUCUGGCCAUACCGACAGCGCACACAGUGGUAGCACGCGCGCCAAGGCCAAGUACACCGUUUAG